UCUGAAAAUUGAAUUAUGGCUAGUUGUGAAAUAUCAACAUGAAAAACAGGAAGGUUUGCAUUCUGCGCAUGCGUGACAUGGUAUGAACGCUUAAAAAAAGAUAAGGAUGCUGUACCCAUAUCUGUCUACCUCAAGAACAUGAACUUUGUAGACCAUCCAUGUGAUUUUUCACGACUAGACGUGACUCAAUUUUCAGACGAUUUUCCCUACUCCAGAUUGAAACCUGUUUAUAUGAUGGUGCUCUACAAUCUGCUAUCUCUGCUACUACUAAACUAAUUAUAAAAUGCCGUAGUUGUAUUAAAGUGUAGCGAAUACAUGAAAAAUAACCUUUAAACUUUACUAUUAUAACCACAAAACUUAAUAUUAUGCGUGUAACUUAAACGUAAAAUGAUUCCAAAUUUAAAUACGCAUCAACAAAAUGUUGACGACCCGGUUGAAGAAAUGUUAAAAAAAACUGGUUGUAUGGAAUUGCAUUAUGAAGUUCAAGAGUGUAUAGUAGAAACUCAAGAUUGGAGAAAGUGUCAAGAGCAAGUAAAAAGAUUCAAAGUGUGUAUGGACAAAUAUCAAAAAGAAAGAGAAAAGUCAUACUUAAAUAAAUAAACAUGUCGUUAAUGAAUUAUGUAAAACGUGUGUUUAUUUAUCCUAUAAAAUAUUCAAAAAGUGAACAUUAUAAAAUGGUGCUAGUUGUAAGAUCAGACAUUACCAUGGGAAAGGGAAAAAUUGCUGCACAAUGUGCCCAUGCUGCAGUAGAGUGUUGUCGUCAAAUAUCAGCUAAUGAAGAAUAUCAGCAAAUAUAUGCAUCUUGGUUAUUACAAGGUCAACCUAAAAUUGUAUUACAGAUAUCUGAUAAAGAGAAGUUAAUGUCAUUGGCUAGUGAUGCUCGUAAAGCUGGUUUAAUAAUUUCUAUAAUAAAAGAUGCAGGCAAAACUCAAUUAAAACCUGGUACAACAUCUACUCUUGGAAUUGGGCCUGGUCCAAAGCAAUUAAUAGACAAUCUCACUUCACAAUUAAAGCUAUUAUAAAUUUGAGUAAGAUUAUUAUUGUUAAAAGUGUAUAAAGAAAUAAUUAGUUGGCAUUGUCCAAAUAAAUCUAUAAUUGAUUUGAAA